AUGAAUGAAUGUAAUGAUAAUGAAUAUCGAUGUACUAAUGGACAAUCUUAUAAAUACAUACAUCAAUCACUUGUUAGAAAUGGAGUCUGUCAAUGUGAACUUGAAGACCAACAUUGGUGUGAAGAUGAAGAUUUUCAUAUACACUAUGUCAGAAAGAAUAUUUCAUUUCAAACUAUUUGUGAUGAAUUUACUGAACCGAUUCCGAUAACUAUCGAAGGACAAAAUGAAACAGAAUGUGAACAAUGGUCAUGUAAUAAUAUUUAUAUUAAUUGUGAUAGUGUAUGGAAUUGUCCACAUGAUGAAGAUGACGUUGGUUGUGAUCUAUCUUCAACACUAAACUGUUUUUUAGAUUACCACAAAUGUGUUUCACCUCAUACAAAUGAACUUAUUUGUCUUCCUGUUAACCAAGCAAAUGACGGUAAGAUCAAUUGUCUGGAUGCUACUGACGAGUCAACAUUAUGUCGAGAAAAGUAUCAAGUAGAAUUUUUCAAUAAUUUUUACUGCAUGGGAAAAAGUUAUCAACCAUGUAUUCAUUUUCAUCAAUUAUGUGAAGAUUCAAUAAAUUGUGAUCAUGGAGAUGAUGAAAGAUUUUGUGUAAAAAAUUGA